UGACGUGCAUCUGUGGAAUGCAGAACUCAAAUACCCUGCAACGCUACUGCUAACGUUUCACUGUGCUACGAAGCUGUCGCCCGGCGUAGUCAUCACACUGCGGCGUCGACUGCACUCACUGUAAGCAAGUUUUCAUUUACCCGCAACGGCGAACUACUGCGUAGCACCUGAGACCCAACCGAUACGACGGCGACUAAAUGUGGCAGAGCCGGGUCAUAGUAUCAACGGUUGAUGCUGAUGCUAUAGUAAGUUCGCCACAGCCUUUUUCAGUAUUUGCGAUGACGCAAAAAGACUUGGACGUGCUGUGCGAUGCACUCGCCGAAAUGUCAGGGGAAGAACUGCUGUCCCUGAAGAAAUCCGACAUCUGGUGGCUACCGGACUUAGAGAAUGAUACGCCGGUGCAGGCCAUGCACGCCAUUCGACUUUCCGUGGAACGUUUUGAUUCGCUUGACACCCGUACCUCCCUCGUUGCGUGGCUCUACUGCUGCCUCGAGGAGCGGCAAGUACUUCGCUCGUGGCGUUCGUAUCGUAUCAGCGGAGCCCCCAGUCCCGCUGUGGCGCGUAAAGUCCGCUUCAUUCUGCACGAGCGAUUGGCGACCGUUUUGAAAUAUCCGGGUUGCCAUACCAACUGCGCUAAGACAGAGAGUGAAGGUGUCGUCUACGCCUGCGUCAUGGCCACGCCUCUCGGAGACACUUCAUUGGAGCACGACGUCAUCGGCUUGUGCGCUCCGCGUUCGCUGCCGUAUCUGUUCGUUCACGCCACGACGAGAUGUGAGCUCCGUGUCACUGCCGCACUCCACGUCGUGCUGCAGAAAGAUCCCGAAAAAAUACUCGAAGGCCACUUCGACAAACUUGGAUUAGCAAUUGCCUGUUACCGUGAGCACAGGGCUGACGAUGGUGCGCAGUUGAUGAGCAAUGCACCGGACGACAAGACAGGACCCGUCUUGAAGACUUCCGACCGGAAAGACGAGACAGCAGCCGACCAACCUGGACAGCCUUCUGUGACGAAGCCGCCGUUAUCAAGAACAGAAAAGGACGAUUCCGGUAGCAGCCAAAGUGACCACCAAAAUUAAGAGCAUUUUCAUCUGGCAAGACUCCCACAAGGUCCUCUACGAGGGCUUCAACCAAACAACGGAGACCUCCUUCGCUUGUCCAAGCCGUUUGUGGAAGGUCGCCGAACAGGAGACAGUGUUGCGAAGUUAAUUGAGCACUACGAAGAUUUAACGAAGCAUGUGUGAACCCUACGAAAGAAGCGUCUCUCAAAGCAGGAGCCCUUCAGUCCUUGCCCUGGAGCCAAUGAGCUGUGCUAGCUAAUCCACAUCACGUGGCCGCAAAUUUGUGGCUAUGGAUAUCGACGACCACAUAUGCCUUCUCUGGCUGUAAAAAAAUGUUAUCUUUCCACCCACGCUUUUUACCUCUGGCUUCAUGACUCGCCGGAGUACAUAUACUGCCACUUUUAAAAAGCACGGUGACGUGACGGCCAUGAGGUUCUCUAUUUACAGCCGAUGACGGCUCACUGCAAGUGACCUUUCAAGUCCGCAAAAAUUUAAUGCUGUGUGUUGAGGUUCGUUUUUAUAUUUCUGACGUGUUUCUUUUGAAAUGAACUCGAUGAUUUUAUCUAUAGACAGCUGUAUUUUUACUUCUUACCCUUUGAUUUCUCUCUCUUGAUUUCUGUCAGUUUGGUAGUUUUGGCCCAAAUGCUUGGACGUCACUUUCGCGAUGCAACACGAAGUGAUCGCCGAGUACCCAUUAUCUCCUGUCUCCAUUGUCAUGCUGUAUACCUGGAGAGAUUUCGACAUUCUCGUUUUGCUGCAAAAGCAGCGAUAACAUUUUUUUCAUCAAGUCAAUAAAAAAAAUUUGUCACCUCCA